AAUCUCGCGCUUGCUUUGCCCCCGCCGCCGACACUGGCCCACCGCCCUCCUCCAUCCCUGCGGCUUCGGCGCCGCCUCGCCGCCCGCCGGUCCUCCGCCGCCCACGGCCAUCCCUCUAAGCCUCGAGGAAACCCCCCUCUUCCCCCUCCCCCAAACCCUAACUCGUGUGCUCCCUGCUGGAGUUGGGGGUGUCGCGCCGGCGCUGGAGAAGAAGGGGAGCCCACCGGAGUUGGAGGAGAGAAGCCGGUGCACGAAUCUUGGCAUGGAUCCAAUGGUUCAAAAUCUGUGAUAAUGCCUGCUACCCAGUUAGGAUGCCAUACUAUAGGAUCCCAUGGCAUCAAAUUGGCAAGAUUCCACUUGUAUGACUGGAUAAUACUUAUCUUUCUAGCUGUUGUUUAUGGGCUGUCCAACAUUAUUGAGCCUUUUCACCGCUUUGUUGGACGUGACAUGCUGACGGACGUGAGUUAUCCGCUGAAGGGCAAUACAGUUCCAUUUUGGGCUGUUCCACUGAUUGCAAUUGUGCUGCCCUGGGUCAUCUUUGGUGGAAUUUACUUCAAAAACAAAAAUGUCUAUGAUUUACACCAUGGCAUUCUGGGGAUUCUGUAUUCGGUGCUUAUAACUGCUGUGAUUACUGAUGCAAUUAAGAAUGGUGUUGGCCGUCCUCGCCCAGAUUUCUUUUGGCGUUGUUUCCCUGAUGGAAAGGCUAAUUUCAACAAUGUCACCGGUGAUGUCAUAUGCCAUGGAGAAAGGAGUGUUAUCAAGGAAGGCUACAAGAGCUUCCCAAGCGGGCAUGCUUCAGCGGCUUUUGCUGGUCUGGGUUUUCUUGCGUGGUACUUAGCUGGCAAACUUAAAGCUUUUAAUCGUGAAGGCCAUAUUGCAAAACUAUGCCUAGUAUUUCUGCCUCUGCUUGUUGCAUCACUUGUGGCAGUCUCUCGGGUUGAUGAUUACUGGCAUCACUGGCAAGAUGUAUUUGCAGGAGGCAUUUUAGGUCUUACAGUUGCUUCAUUCUGUUACCUGCAAUUCUUCCCAUAUCCAUUUGACGCUGAUGCCAUUUGGCCUCAUGCUCACUUCCAACAGCUAGCUGAGUCACAGAGCAACAGCAAUGCUGCUGUUGCCCUGAGAGACACCAGCCCUAUGUUGGAUUCAAUGGAGUCCGGCAGGAGAUUAUGAAACAUGUGAAAGGAAGCAUCUCGAAGGUGCUGGUUAAUUGAUGUGGUUAUGUACAUGGUGAAACUAAAGAGUAGGUAGAUUAUAAUGGAACCCCAAGUUAUUAAUCUACAUAGCUUUCUUGUUUUU